CAAAAGUGCCAUAGACGACGACGGCCAUUCGUGUGUUCGUUCAUCAGUGUCUAUCUUCAUUCUCAUCAAUGGCCUUACGUUCCCAAAGUGUGUCGUAAGAAAAACAGCAAUUUGCUCUGAACUCAGUGAAAUUAGGCCCGAACAGUAGCAGAUAUUUGUCCCCGAGGUGCUCCAGCAGCCGUACGAGAUGGAUUUCGGCAAGCUGCUCAGCGUGGCCCAGCGGAAUGCAUCCAGUGUGGAGCAGAAAUCUGAGUCCCGCUACUACUCGACAAAGUUCGCACCCCCGAAGAAGGAAACCAAGGAGAAGAAACUCUCGGCAAAUAUCAAGAAGUUCCUCGCCAAGAAGGAGCAGGAGGAGCGUGAGAAGCUGCUCGAGGAGAAACGCAAGCGCGAAGAGCUGAUGGCUAAACGGGAUCCCAAAGCGAAGAAAAAGAUCGAAAAGAUGUUGAAGGUUAUCAAAUCCGCCAACAAGUCGGUGCUGGACGAUGCGAUUGAUACGCAGGACACAGCCGUUACGCUGGAGGGACCGGAUCAGCCCGAUGAGGACGAUUAUGGGUACACCUCGAACGUGGCCUCUCAGAUUUACCAGCAGCUGAUGGAUAAGUACAAGAGCAAUCCGGAGGAGAAGAAAUUCAAGGACGGUGCGAAGAAGACGAUGAGCAAAGAAGAGAUUGACCGGGCCAAGGCACGCGUGAAGGAUGCCCUCAAUAAAGCCGAAGAGGAAGAGAAUGCCCCGAGGACCAGGAAACGGAAGACAGGCGAGGGAUCAAGCAGGGAUGAGGUGGUUAGCAGUGGCAAAACGCUUGUGGGUCCCGACAGAUAUGAUCCGGAGGAAGAAAGACGAAAAGAGGCAGAGGCAAAAGCGAAGGAAGAAGCUGCCAAAAGGAAAGCUAAACGUCCGACGGGGCCAGCCCCACCGGAUUUUGCGACACUGAUGAAACUGGCCGAGCAGAAACAAUUCGAACCUGUGCUCAAAGUGGAUGUCCCAGUCGAGAAGAAAGAACCUGAGCGUCUGAUGACGAAAAAGGAAAAGAAAGAAUACGAUGAGCGAAUGGCUUAUCUGGAGGAAAAGAAAAUCCGCGAUCGGAUACGGAACGACCCGAAGUUGUCGGAGAAAGAAAAACAGAUUAAACUGGCAAGAUACGAUGCCAUGAAAUCGGGCGGUAAAAGCUCAAGCUCUGGUGGUAGCAGCAGCAGCAACAGCUCUUCCGCCAAACCCAACUCCACCCCAAAUGUUAUGGCUCCAAACGGAAGAAUUCCUAAACUGAACUCAUCCGGACCGGACAAACCAGUGGCCAGCAAACCGACAAGCACAAAUCCCAGUAUAAAGUCACAAAAUCGUCCCGACGAGAAACGACCCGCGCAACAGAGGCCUGCCACAGAGUCAUCAUUGUCAAAGAGCAAACUGGAAGCGGCACUCACCGCCAACAAAAAACCUUCCACCAGUUCACAACUCUCGAGAGAACCAACAAGCAGCAGCCAGCCUAAAAAACCAAUCUCAUCUGUUCAACCCAAUGGCGCUUCGAAAUCAUCUCUUUCCUCCAAAGUGCCUCCGUCUCGUGGUAAUCCGUCAUCUUCCACAUCAUCCAAACAGACGACGCAACCCCCGGCCAACGGUCAAAAGUCGAGACCCCCGUCGGACGUUCAAAAGACACGCCAAUUUCCUCCGCCAGAUGUGCGGCAGCAGCAACAGCAAAAAUCUCGACAGUUUCCUCCCCCGGACAUGAUGAGGAAACGACCGUCGGAUUCGCACCGUUCCGGUGCCGGCCCAGCUCAGAAGAAACGUCGCCAGGUCAUCGACAGCGAUAGCGAGUACGACUCGGAGAUGGACGAUUUCAUCGAUGACGACGACGCGGAGGAGGACUACUCGACACACAUUCGUGCCAUCUUCGGAUACGAUAAGUCCCGCUACAAGGACGAGGACUUUGACGACCGGACGAUGGAGUCCAACUUUGCCCAGCAGAUGCGGGAGGAGUUUAUCAGCAAGAAGAUCGGCCUGAUGGAGGAUCUCGAAGACAUACGGAUGGAGGAGGAGGAGAAGAAGCGGAAAGCGAUGCUCAAGAAGCAGAAGAUGAAAGGGAAAUGAAAUUGAGGAGGGAAAGCGUUGUUAUAAGUUUCAGUUUGAUACAUUUUAUACUAUUAUUGAAUGUUAUUUAUUUUUUUCUUUGUGGUCACAUUUUGCCUAGUUUAUGGGACAUAUGGCUCGAGUGGAGAAAACGGAACGAUCGGAGAUUUCGUUCACAUUUUAUAAAUGAUUUAUAAUAUAAUUAACGUUUACGUAGAGUUUUUGGUUAUAUGAAAUGGUAGAAAUUGCGAUGGAAUAAUUGUGAAUAACAUAUUCAAAGUUAUAGAUUAUGUCCGGCGAUAGAUAAACG